CAUGGCGGCGGCGGCGGGCGUGGGACAGCAGUGGGUGCUGGUGGAGAUGGUCCAGGCCUUCUACGAGGCUCCAGCUUACCAUCUCAUUUUAGAAGGAAUUCUAAUACUAUGGAUAAUCAGGCUUCUUUUCUCCAAGACAUAUAAGCUUCAAGAACGAUCUGAUCUAACACUUAAGGAAAAAGAAGAGUUGAUUGAAGAAUGGCAGCCAGAGCCUCUUGUACCUCCUGUGCCAAAAGAUCACCCAGCUCUCAAUUACAACAUUGUUUCAGGUCCUCCCACCCAUAUAAUCACUGUUAAUGGCAAGGAAUGUAUAAACUUUGCAUCAUUUAACUUCCUUGGACUUUUGAAUAAUGAAAAAGUUAAGAGUGCAGCCCAGGCUUCUCUGAAGAAAUACGGUGUUGGCACUUGUGGACCCAGAGGAUUCUAUGGUACUUUCGAUGUGCACUUAGAAUUAGAAGAACGGCUAGCAAAAUUCAUGAGGACAGAGGAAGCUAUUAUAUACUCAUAUGGAUUUGCAACAAUUGCCAGUGCUAUCCCUGCAUAUUCAAAGAGAGGGGACAUUGUGUUUGUAGAUGAAGCUGCCUGCUUUGCUAUUCAGAAGGGAUUACAAGCAUCUCGUAGUAACAUCAAGUUAUUUAAGCAUAAUGAUAUGGCUGACCUUGAACGACUGUUGAAAGAACAAGAGACUGAAGAUCAAAAGAAUCCUCGCAAGGCCCGUGUUACUCGAAGGUUUAUUGUAGUGGAAGGAUUGUAUAUGAACACAGGAGACAUUUGCCCUCUUCCAGAGUUGAUAAAAUUGAAGUAUAAGUACAAAGUUAGAAUAUUUUUGGAGGAGAGCCUUUCCUUUGGCGUCCUUGGACCACAUGGAAGAGGAAUUACUGAGCACUUUGGAAUAAAUAUUGAUGAUAUAGAUCUUAUUAGUGCAAACAUGGAAAAUUCAUUGGCUUCUAUUGGUGGAUUUUGCUGUGGAAGAUCUUUUAUUAUUGACCAUCAGCGAUUGUCUGGUCAAGGCUAUUGCUUUUCUGCCUCCCUACCUCCUUUGUUAGCUGCUGCUGCUAUUGAGGCUCUGAAUAUUAUGGAGGAUAAUCCAGACAUUUUUCAGACCCUCCGUGCUAAGUGUGAACGGAUUCACAAAGCUUUACAGGGGAUUUCUGGUUUAAAAGUAGUAGGAGAAUCUUUUUCUCCAGCAUUGCACUUACAGUUGAAGGAGAGCUCUGGAUCUCGAGAAAAUGAUGUGAAGUUACUCAAAAGAGUUGUGGAUUAUUGCAUGAAUAGUGGUAUUGCAUUAACACAGGCUCGCUAUUUGGAGAAAGAAGAAAAAUGUCUUCCUCCACCCAGUAUUCGAGUAGUGAUAACAGUGGAACAAACAGAACAAGAACUGGACAAAGCUGCAUCACUUCUUAAGGAAGCUGCACAGUCUGUGUUGAAUUAGACUGCCGUUUUUGGAUUCCUCUUUCCCCACACUAUCAGGAUAAGUGUUUUACACUGUACAAUGACUUCCAGAUUCUUCCACUGAUGGCAUUGAAAGCUGACUAACAAAAUUGUUCCAGAGUGAUACAAAUGCAGUGAGCGGAAGAAUGCUGAAUUUUGGAGUUAGUGAAUGACAGUGUUGUUCCAGUUCAAACUCUACCAUUUACUCACAUUAGUUAAAAUGGGAUAUCACUACUGAAUUCAUGACUCUUUCAUAAGUUAGUACAAAGUUUUAAAUUUAUUUCCUCAAACCCUUAAAUGUUCUCAAAAAUGUGUAUAAACAUUCAGUUUCACCCCAAACCAUGUCAAAUGUGUUGUUUUCUCUCCAUUUUCUUGGAAUGUGGGAACUUCAAAUUAAUUUCAAUUAUCCCUCCCCACCUUCCAAAUGAAAAUACACUGUUCCUAAUAUUACCAAAAGGAUAACACAUUAAGAUAUAAUUUUGUGCUAUAUUAUGUCAUUUAUUAUUGAAUUAUAAGAGGGAGGACCUUCAAUUCUUUUUGUUUAUAUAUCUUUCUCUAACCAUUUUUGGCAGCCAGGUUUUAAGAAAGCCUGGCCAGAGAGUAAAUUCAUAUCAAAUACUAUUUAAUUUUUGCAUUCCAUGUGUAAUUAUAUGCAUGUUUGAUAUUAUGGGUGAGGUUUUUCGUACUAUUAUCUUUAAAAUAUCUAAAUUCAAAUGUCUGAAUUGUGAA